AUGACUACAGAGCUUCUGGAAAUUCAGCCUCGUGAACUCAUGAUUACAUUCGAGGUGAAGAAACAAAGCUCGUGCUCAAUUCAACUGGGCAAUAAGUCUGAUCAGUAUGUUGCUUUCAAGGUGAAGACAACAUCCCCAAAAAAGUACUGCGUGCGGCCUAACACUGGUGUUAUCAAGCCAAAGGCAGCUUGUGAUUUCACAGUCACUAUGCAAGCUCAGAAGGUGGAUCCACCUGAUUUGCAGUGCAAAGACAAGUUCCUGGUUCAAAGUACAGUUGUUCCCUUUGGGACAACUGAAGAGGACAUUACAUCUGACAUAUUUUCUAAAGAGAGUGGGAAUUACAUUGAAGAGAAGAAGCUAAAGCCCCCAAAUUCACCAGUUUUGCUUCCAAGCAACGGAGAACUGAAGAAAGAUCCUUGUUAUGACAUUUCAUUCGUCAGAGAUAUAGAAAAGGAUGAUAUUGAAAACAUCCCUCGACCUUAUGGGUUGGCUCAAGAAGAUGUAGUCUUUGAAACUGCCAAGGAUGCUGAUGAGUUAGGAGCGGCCAAGGAUUCUGUUGAUUCAAUACCUGCUGAUACAGGGGAAUUGAAUUCUUCUAAGGAUACAGCUGAACCAAAGUUGAUGAAGGAUUUUGAGGAGUUGAAGUCAAAGCUACAUGCAAUGGAUUUAAAGCUAAAAGAGGCUGAUCGUGCCAUCAUGAAGUUGACUGAGGAGAAUAGGAUGGCCACUAAAGAGAAGAAUAAGCUCAAGCAUGAAGCACGCCUCUUCACUUUGUUACCACCUGAUUUAAAGGCCAUGCAAAAAUUUGGACAGAGUUAUCAAAGAGCCAAGCGCUCUCCGCUUCAGAACUCCAGCCCCUUUUCUAUAUGA